CCUGUGUAUAAACAACACGGAUCUCUCCCCUGUCAGCUCCUGCACACUGCUUUGUAUGGCUCUGCAUAGCGGCAUGCGUACAGUGAAACACACACAGCGCACAGUUAACCCUUUGAUCGCCCCAGAUGUUAACCCCUUCCUGCCCAUCCCGCUAUAACCCCUUCCUGCCCAGUGCCAUUAGUACAGUGUCAGGGCUUUUUAUUAGCACCGAUCACUGUAUUGGUGUCAUUGGGGAUGUCAGUGACACCAAGUCAGUCAGUCCCCCCAGUGUCAGAAUGCCUGCCGCAGUCCCGCUAUAA